AGGAAGGAACAGGAAACUGCAGAAAGAGAAAGGGGACAAAGAGCUAAGGUCUGUAAAAUCUGGAGAUCUAGCAGAGGCUGAACAUCAUUAGAUUCAGAACAAGUUGAAGGGAAGGCACCUUGGUCUCAAAUUCAAUAAGAAUGAAUUCCUUUGGAUUGGGAAACCUGUGUUUAAUCCUGUUUCACUGUAUCUAUCGGAUUUAUGCCUUGGAAAAUAUACAGGAAGAUAUUCAGGGAGUUGCAAAUGAAGAAAUGAAACUAAAUAAUCCACUGAAAUUGAUCGCAGAAGCAAAAGCCAGGCUCGGACCUACUUAUGCUUGGAAUAAAAAAUUGGAUGUGGUUUUUGAUGUGCAGCGCUCCACAAUGAAUCAUGUGCUGACUCCUGUGGAUCCGAUCGUGUAUGAUGUCGUCAAUGUGAAUCUCGGACAGGGGUACAGUAACAAGACUGGAAAGUUCACAAGUCCCAAGUGUGGUCUGUACUUUUUCAGUUACUCUUCACUGCCAGGGAAGGGGCUGAAGACAGAUGUGAACCUGGCCAAGAACAAUAAGACAGUCAGUGUAAUCCAUAGCAUGCUUCCAAAUGGCAGUUCACAGCUCUCAGCGAAAACUGUGAUCCUGAAUCUUCACCAAGGAGACCAAGUGUGGGUCAAGCUAGUUUCUGGGAAUCUCUGGAGUCGCGAUGGAUCACUCAGCUUCCAGGGGUUUCUCCUGACUCGUUCUGCUCAGUAGUGGAUUGAAAAGAUUGAGAUAAAUUCUUCACUUCUGUGUUGGUGGGUCAGAAGUUUUUGCCACAAAUUGGUCAAUAUUUUCUGACCACCCUGCCAAACCUUACCAUAACAGCUCACUUAUAACAAGCUCACCAUCACCAAAGUGGAAAAUUUAACCUGUUUAUCUCUGAGAAUCACAUUUGAUUCCAAGAGAGCUUAUGAAUUAACAAAUGCUUAAUAUCUGCUAUACAGUAUGCUUCAGGAACUUACCCUGUUAACAAAUAUCUCUUCAGAUAAUGGCACAGAGAAUAAGGGAGACACUGAGAGACAGGGACUAAGAAAGAAGGUCAGAUCGAGGGAAGGAUAUAAGGACAUAAGAACUAGAAGCAGGAGGAGGCAAUUCAGCCCCAGAACCUGCUCCACUAUUUGAUACAACCAUGGCUGAUCACAUCUCAGCCUCAACUUGCCUGCCCACUCUCCAUAAACCGCCACCCAUUAUUAAUUAGCUAUCUAUCACCACCUUAAAUUUCCUCAAUGUCCCAGCAUCCACCACGCUCUGAGGUAGUCAAUUCCACAGAUUCAUGAUCCUUUCAUAGAAAUGAUUUCUCCUCUUCGGUUUUAAAUCUGUUCAAUUAGUUGAAGCGAACUCAGUUUUGAGAUGGUGGAGAUGCAGAUCCCAAUGCAAAAAAUAUAUCACAAUGAAAAGCUUUGAAAGUAAGUUCUCCAUGUGGGAGCUAUACCAAGAGAGAAAGUUGUAGAAUUGACACCAUGCUGGUAAAGCUUAUGGCGAAUCUACAUUCGCACGUGGUGUCAAAAUCUGUUCACAACAAAGACACAUUUAUAUGUAAACAGCAGCUUUCACAUAUUGAAUUCUCCCAUUUAAAGGGCCAGGUCAAAGGUUUGGUGUUUGCCUAAUGAUUCUCACGCCUGUCUGUAUGGAUAUGACAAUUUAGAAUAACGCAAGUAGUUCUGUGAAUCAGAUCUUUCAAUAAAGCUUCUUUCAGCAUUUCAA